CCAGCUCUUCCCCCUCAGUCUUGCACAGGUGUACUGGCUCCUCCCCUUCUGUCUUGCACAGGUGUACUGGCUCCUCCCCUUCAGUCUUGCACAGGUGUACCAGCUCCUCCCCCUCAGUCUUGCACAGGUGUACCGGCUCCUCCCCUUCAGUCUUGCACAGGAGUACCGGCUCCUCCCCUUCAGUCUUGCACAGGUGUAUCGGCUCCUCCCCCUCAGUCUUGCACAGGUGUACCGGCUCCUCCCCUUCAGUCUUGCACAGGAGUACCGGCUCCUCCCCUUCAGUCUUGCACAGGUGUACUGGCUCCUCCCCUUCAGUCUUGCGCAGACUGUCCCUGGCCCGCCCCUUUCAUUCAUUGGUUUUGUUUCUUUCAGUCGUGGAGGGUCAGCAUCACAUGUGGGCGUAGGGUGGUCCGUGUAGGAAUACAGCCUGCAUAGGAACACCCACUCCUCCAGAACAGCGACUACCCAUCAAGGCAUUUUG